UUUGUGAGGGAUUUCGCUCUUUUAAUACGGAUUUCAUCGCAGAAAUAUUACUAAAUCCCUAUUUUUGCAAAGCUCGUCUUCAGAAGAUUGCAAAGGUGGAGCGGGCAGAGGGAGCAGAUGACGGACCAAUUAAUCCUUCCAAUGCAUGGAAACAAGCGAAGGAGCCAGGAAACGCUCAUAUGUAAAUGGGGUGGAUGCUUCGAUCCGGUGCUGGUCAUAUAUGAAACUAAUGAUUAGGCUGAAUGCGGCGGUUACUUUGCUGAUUUCCCAGUUUUUGACAAUGCUCGUGGUAAAGUGACCUCCUGGUUCUUUCAUGGUGUCGGAGAUCUGUUGCAGCGCCCAGGGGAUCGGGAUUGGAGAUGCGAUGAUGAUGAUGAUCAUGAUGAUCUAGAGCGAUGUGAUCGCAUGCAGUGCAUACAUACAUUUAUUUGUAUAUGCGAUCAUGGUGAUUACUUGAGCCCUUUAAAGAGGAAGUGGCAAUUCCUGCUGUGUUGGCUUGUAAUUUUUUUUUCUAAUCCACCCUAUUCCCCCGCACUGGAAGUCCUCCUGUAUCUAAAUGGAAUUAGUGGAGAUCGAAGCCCCUUGUGUAAGGAACAGACAUGAUCCAUGGGAGCAGUUUGUUUCACAUUGUAACAAGUCUAAUUAUUCUACAUGUGUCUUGGGGAACAAAAAAGGGAGCAGACAGACAAAACAACUCAGAAGGUCAGAAAUCAGUGCAGUGUGGCUCUUGGACAAAGAAUUUAGAUGGAGGAAUAUUUACCUCUCCCAAUUAUCCCAACAAGUACCCUCCUGACAGAGAAUGCAUCUAUAUUAUAGAAGCUUCUCCAAGACAGUGUAUUGAACUUCAUUUUAAUGAAAAAUAUUCUAUAGAGCCUUCUUGGGAGUGUAAAUUUGACCACAUUGAAGUAAGAGAUGGACCUUUUGGCUUUUCUCCUAUAAUUGGGCGUUAUUGUGGACAACAAAGCCCACCUUAUAUCAAAUCAAGUGGAAGAUUCCUGUGGAUUAAAUUUUUUGCUGACGGUGAACUAGAAUCUCUGGGGUUUUCUGCACAAUACAACUUUACACCUGAUCCAGAUUUUAAAGAUCUUGGGGUUCUGAAACCAUUACCAGUUUGUGAAUUUGAGAUGGGAGGACCAGAAGGAAUAAUAGAAUCUGUGCAGAUUCUAAAAGAAGGAAAGGCUACUGCAGAUGAAGCAGUUGACUGCAAAUGGUAUAUCCGAGCACCACCAAGGUCCAAGAUAUACUUACGCUUUUUGGACUAUGAAAUGCAAAAUUCAAAUGAGUGUAAACGAAAUUUUGUGGCUGUGUACGAUGGAAGCAGUUCAGUGGAAGAUUUGAAAGCUAAAUUUUGCAGCACUGUGGCUAAUGAUGUUAUGCUGCGCACAGGGCUUGGCGUAAUACGAAUGUGGGCAGAUGAAGGCAGCCGGACAAGUCGCUUUCAGAUGCUCUUCACAUCUUUCCAAGAACCUCCAUGUGAAGCAAACUCCUUUUUUUGUCAUAGUAAUAUGUGCAUUAAUAAUACAUUGGUCUGCAAUGGAGUUCAGAAUUGUGUGUAUCCUUGGGAUGAAAAUCACUGCAAAGAAAAAAGAAAAUCAAACCUUUUGGACCAGCUUACCAAUACUAGUGGGACAGUGAUUGGGGUAUCUACGUGCAUUGUUAUUAUCCUAAUUAUCAUAUCUGUAAUCGUACAGAUCAAGCAACCUCGUAAAAAAUUCAUCCAAAGGAAAACAGACUUUGACCAAACAGUAUUCCAGGAGGUAUUUGAGCCUCCUCAUUAUGAAUUAUGCACUCUUAGAGGUACAGGUGGUACAGCUGAUAUGGCCGAUGUUGCAGAUGAUUUUGAGAAUUACCAUAAACUAAGGAGAUCAUCUUCAAAAUGCAUUCAUGACCAUCACUGUGGAUCACAAAUGUCUAGCACUAAGGGCAGCCGUAGUAACCUCAGUACUAGGGAAACUACUAUAGUAACAGACACGCAAAACCAGCCAGUUAAUCCCACUUUACAACAUCCAAACAGAAGAAACAUCCUUGUAAUGAAGCAUAGCUACUCACAAGAUGCUGCAGAUGCAUGUGACAUAGAUGAAAUCGAAGAAGUCCCCACUACAAGUCACAGGCUGUCUAGUCAUGAAAAGGCGGUCCAGCGGUUCUGCCUCAUUGGGUCCCUAAGCAAACAUGAAACUGAAUACAACACAACUAGGGUAUGAAAAGCUAUCUCAAGGAUGAACUGUUCUUAACUAUUUAUUUUAAUUUCAGAGAAGAAUUCUUUUUACACGUCUAUGAAAAAUGAGUAUGUUCUUUAGAGAAUUGUUACACCCAUCUUCAGAAAAGUGGACUCUAUAAUAAACUCAUUCCACUGCCUUGUUGCAAAUGUAGGACUUGCAAACAUUUUUACCCUCAACAUGAUGUUCCUGCUCAAUGACAUUUGUUUGUAAUUUGGUUGCUGGCCACCAAGUGCUCCUUAGUUUUUAAAUACACUUUGAAAUUUACUGGAUACUUGAAGAAGAAUCUAGUUACUGAUUGCAAAUACCCCGGCAUUGUAAGGCUUUUUUUUAUUUUGAUAAGCUAACAUGUUUUAUGUUUUAAAUGGAUAUUUUGUGGAAUACAAUUGGAACUCUUCCUUCACUCGGUUUUCUUUCUCAGUGUGUAUUUGUACUUUAUUUUUACCUUGCUGAUUACUUGAAAUUAAUGUUCUUGGCUUUUCAGUUUAGUAAUAAAUUGAAUAAAAAAUGAUGCUAUUAGGCAGAAAAUAUUCUUUUAACAAAAUGAAAAACAUUUCAGUGACAUUACUAAAUGGCAAUAAGUAUUUGUUUCUUUUUUUUGCUCUGUCUUGAUUUUUUUUUUAUUUUCUUUUUAAUAUUGCUAAUGCUUUAUAAUAUUUCUGGCAUUGCCAUUAAAUUUUAUGGGGAUAAACAAAAUAUAUGGGAAACAAUUAUCAACCUAGUAGAAGAACAUUCAGAAAGGAGAAACAUUUUGUUACCAAGCUGUAAAAAGCAUGCAUAAUUUAAUUUCAUUGAUGUUUUGAACCCUUCUGCAUUCUAGCUUGCAUAUUGUACUUUUUGAUAUAUUUGUCCAUACACAAAUGUAUAGCAUUUCCUAGGUUAUGAAUUGGUAUGCUCAUUUGUUAAAUUAUAAAGCUUUUGGGCUUAAUUCAAUCAGUCAUCUAAACACUUGCACGCUGAAUUAAUACUUGGCAGUAGGCAAUUCUUCUGCCCAAAAUCCAAAAAAUGAUAACAACUGCUAAGCAGAAAAUAAA